AUGAAAAUAUGUGAAACGGGCUUCAAAACGGGCUUCGGGUCGACCGCGGCGUUCGGUCUUCCUGGUCGGACGGUACGAUCGUGUAUGCUGCACGGGUUGUGUUACGCGGUCGUGGAGCGAUGCCUUCCUGUUCGUGCGGUGCGGUCGUGUGCGGCUUAUGUUGGCGAGACUUGGACGGGACGACCGUCUUUUUGGAGCACUUUGGAGCAAUUGGGACAUGAGGAGCAAGGAAAGACUUGUUGCAUGGAUUCAGCUCAACCGCACACGCUUAGGCUGAAGAAGGAAGCCGUCUUGAAGUGCAUGCGAACUCGAUCGAGUCGAAAAAUUGAAGACUUGGUGGAGCUAGAUUUCACCACGGGCAGAAAAAAAAGUCGGAGGACUCAUAGGGUACAAGCAGAUUCAGAGGUGGUUGUUACUGAAACAAUGGAUGUACCAGAGGGUAAUGGAAACCCUUUGGAUAAUGGACUCGGUCGAGCUAGGCAAACUCGACCGAUUGGUCUCGGAGAUGCUCCAAACCGCCAUCAACAAAGACAAGGGAUUGUCCCACCACCUGUGCAGAACCACAAGUUUUAG